AUGUCGGCCGAGAAUAUCCAUGUCGCGAUCCGAGUUCGGCCCAUGAACGAGAACGAGGAGUCGCAGGGAGGUUCUGCCGUGAGCUUCCAAUCCUCCGAGCAGGCGUCGCUCGUGAUCAAGGCGACUGACGGCCAGCUGAGGAACUUCAGGUUCGACCAAUGUUUCACUUCUCUCGACCCACAGGACCUGUCGGGAACUCAGGAGAAGGUCUACUCCGAGCUUGGCGCGGACCUCGUGACCAGCGCCCUGGAUGGCUACAACUGCUGCCUGUUUGCCUAUGGCCAGACUGGUGCUGGCAAGAGCCACACCAUGAUGGGGUACGCGGACCAGCCUGGGGUUAUCCCCCGCGCCGUUGAGGAUGUCUUCCGGCAGAAGCAGCUGCUUUCGGAUUCCGGUGGCGACGAGCUUCGUGUUUGGGCCUCCUUCGUGGAAAUCUACAACGAGCAGUUGCGGGAUCUCCUGGACCCAACGUCCCUCCGCACUGCGGAGGGUCAUGCGAAUCUCAGGAUCAUGGAUCACCCGGAGCUGGGUGUCAUCGUCCCUGGAUUGGUGGAAGCUGCCUGCCAGACGGUCGUAGAGGUAAGGAAGCUCAUCCGUUUCGGCCUGAAGAAGCGGGUCACCUCCGCCACGAUCAUGAACAACACGUCCUCCCGCAGCCACGCGGUCUUCGUGCUUAAGGUGCAGCGAAUCCUCGGGCGAAACGAGGACGGCUCUCGGGAGUCCACGAAUGCCAAGAUCAACCUCGUGGACUUGGCAGGUUCAGAGAGGCACAAGUCCUCCGACUUUCAGGGCCACACCUUCAAAGAAGGCUGUGCCAUCAACCAGAGCCUGUCGGCCUUGGCUUUGGUCAUCAAGGAACUCGGGGAGCAGCAGCAGAGUCGCGUGAUGAGGCAGCGCUCACGGAGCAUGUCCAUCGAUAAGACCGCUGGCCUUGGGCCCGUGCCUGCUCCAGCAGGGGGACUGUUGGAGGUGAAGGAAGUCGUUCCCUUCCGAUCCUCCAAGCUCACGUUUUUGCUUCGGGAUUCCCUGGCCGGGAAUACACGGAGUCGAAUGGUAGCGUGUAUCUCGCCCGCCGCCAUAAAUGCAGAUGAGACGAUCAGCACCUGCCGCUUCGCCACUUCGGUGAAGAAGGUCAAGACGAAUGCAUGUGUCAACGUGGACCGGAAGAAGGGUGUGGUUCAGCACCUCCAGGCAGAGAUCCGCCGGCUCAAGAAGCUUCUUGCAGCGCGGGGGGUCGAGGUCGGUGCUCUAGGAGCUGGUUCAGUGCAGGAGGAGAUCGCCGAUCGAGAGCGUGUCUUGAAGACUCUGAAGCAGAGCUACCAGGUACAGGUCGAGGAGGCCCGGCUUCUGGCUACAGCACGCAAGGAGGCGCUGAACCAGCAGGGCCUCAGCAGCGAGGACGUGGAUGAAGUCUUUGGACUCGAAAAGAACACCCCGCACCUGCUCAACAUGAGCGACGACCCCGUCCUGUCUGGCUGCUUGGUCUACUUCCUGCCCAAGGGGCAGAUCACGAAGGUCGGCAGCCAUCCGGACAACCAGAUCGUCAUCCAGGGCCUUGGUAUUUCGAACUUCAUCUGCCAGUUUGAGAAUCCAGACCAGCGGAAUGUGGUCAUAUCUCUGCCUUCGGAGUAUGUCUCAAGCCGGGCACGUGUCUUGGUGAAUGGUAAACUCCUGGCCAGGGACGAAAGGGUCACUUUGCAGCAUUUCGAUCGGCUGAUUUUUGGCAGAGCCUCGAUGAUGAAGCUGGUGAUUCCCCUGGAGCAGCAGGACCUGGCAGCCACCAAAACUGAUGAGACGGCGCUCUCGGACGACAACGACGACGAUGACGGCGACAGUGGGCCACCAGUAAGAAGUCGUCGGUCGAUGCUGAAACACGACACCCUCAAGCUGCUGCUGCCCAACGACAGCGAAGCCUGGAGCGAGCUGCGCCUUUACUUCGGCGAUCUCCAGGCUCGCCUGGGCGAGGAGCGCGGCAACGAGUUCUUCUACCACCUGAGCAAGGCGAGUCACCUCGUGGACGAGGCCAACGAGAUCACCACGGAGAUACGGCCGGAGGAUCGUCUGAAGUUCGAAGUGGAGCUUGUUUGGGACAUCCACCGGCAUGUUUCAGACAUCAUCCUCAUCCGUGCUCUUCGGCUGGCGCAAAGCCAGGAGCCGACUGUGCUUUCGUACUGGACGGUGGCGAGCUUCCGCCAGCGCCUGGAGGUGAUGAGAGACUGCUACGAUGCGUUUUGCUGUCAAGGGCAUUGGCCUGGAAAGGGCGAUCCGCUGGAGGAUCCGUGGAUCGAUGCGUCGACUGUGGAGCUCACGCUGCAGCUACAUACCAAUGCAGAGGAGCAGCUGCACCUGGAGGACAUUCGCCGCAGCCUGUUGGAUGCGAAGUUAGAGACGCAGACGAACCCAGGAACAGAAAAGUCGACGACUCCGAACAUCUCGCGGCGGAGCAGCGGGCGCCUGGGAACAGGUGCUUUGACCACUCCCAGCGUCUCCCGGCAGAGCAGCAAGCGACAGGGCUCGAUCCAGUCGGUGAGCUCAGGGCGGAGCUCGCAGAGGAGCUCGCGACUAGGUCAUGGGCAAGGCGGCAGCGCGUUGGGUAAGCUAGGCGAUGAGCCCGGCCCGCCGAACAGCGCCCGGGGCAAGCGGCCACCAGGCGAGGAAGGACACUCCAGGGCUUCCAGCAAAACCUCCACCAACGGAGGUGUGCCUCGGCUCACCGUGCCGCCGCGGCCGGUGGUUCCGUCCUUGGCAGUUCCUCCACCAGCGUCGGUGGAGGCCCCGCCUACACCGGCGCCGGCGCCGGUGCCGGAUGAGGUUGCCUCUAGCUUGCGCCAGCAGCUCAAGGAGAAGGAAGACGUCGAGGCGGCCUACCGAGCAAAAAUCGACGCUCUCAAAAGAGAGCUGCAGGAGCUCCAACGGCGGCAUGGGCCACUCAGGGAGCUCCUGGGCGGUGUCGCCAGCGAAGGUUUCGCGCCGCCUGUUCGACGGUGCACAGGCUCUGGAUCGCCAAACAGUCCGGUAGUCGUGGAUCGCGCAGGUGUGCAGCGUGUGCCAGAACCGCUGAGCUGUGCUGCACGCCUCGCUUCACCCUGGCCGGGACAAGGCACAGCCACUGCCCCGGCGCUGAGUUCGAUGCCUUCGAAACGGCCAUCGCCAAGAUCUGGUAUGAUACCCGUGCGAGAGCCAACGGCUCAUAUCAUCUCCCCGCGGUCGAUGCAGCUGCCUAAUGGCACCACGACAUGGCCACACCAUACGCCGAGGAGGAUGCCUACGGCCAUCUAG